AUGAGUUGUAAAAACUCAUCAGGAACGUGUAAUUCAACUAAUAAAGGCAUAACAUUUCAUAGAUUCCCGAAAGAUCCUGAUAUUAAAGAAAAAUGGAUGAAUAUUACUGGUAGACAGGACUGGUUCCCUACAGAAAACAGUCGAAUAUGCUCAGUCCAUUUUACGGAAGAUGAUUUUGAUGUCACUGCUAAAAGACGCAAUUUAAUGAAAUCAAGCAUACCCACAUUGAAUAUAUGGAAGUUAUGCUCUGAAAAUCUCACGGAGAAUCAGAAAUCGACUUCUUCACAUAUUGAUCUUCAUACACCCAAAAAAAAGAGGUUACUUCGAAUAAUUGAGACAAAUAAAAGUGUAAUUAUAAGCCAGCGUUUAAAGAUUAAGAGAUUACAAUGUAAACUACGUCGUUACAAGAAGAGAAAUCUAGAACUAACACACAUGCUGAAGAGUCUAGAGAACACGCAUUUAAUAACUGGAGAUCAGGCUUCGUCUUUAGAAAACAAUUGA